AUGCCGAAACCAAAGUCCUUUCUAAAAGAAUCCAAAUCUAGGAAGAAGGCCGUGCAGCGGGCUCCAGAAACAGCGGAUGAAUUCCUAGCUGCUGGCGUCGAACAGGAGGAGGGCGGAGAGAAAUGGCGGGCUGGUGAUGCUGCCAAAUCCUUGCGCUUCUUCAUGCGUGCAAUUGCACUUUAUGAUGAAGGCUUGAAGAAGCACCCCCUUGCCUUUGAUCUGGCCUACAACAAAGCACGUCUCCAAUAUGAGAUCACCCAGCACCCAAGAUUGGCUACCCAACUAUCCAUUCCGUUGCUGGAUGCCUUGCGCAUAGCAUUGACAGCGCACCGGGAGGCUCUGAACUUAGAACAAGAUAACGCGGAUGCGCUGUUCAAUACCGCUCAAGUUCUCACAAGUCUGGCCGAGGCCGUGACAGAUGCCAAACACCCCUCAGACCAACAGCUCUCGGAGGCAAUCAAGCUCCUCCAGGAGGCCAUAGAACUCUUCCAACGCUGUCUAGUACUGCAAGAGAUGCGAUAUACCGAAAUGCAGGAGCAAAUGAAACAGAUGGAGUCUGGAGACAUGGGUCCGCAAGAAGAGGAAAUGAGACAGGCUCAAGAAGAUAUGGACACGACAGCCGAGUCGGAAUCCGCAGAGCCACAAGAGCAAUGGGCAGCAGUCAUUGAACCCGUGACCAAGAACACUCUGGUGGACACAGCGGUCGCGCAACUUGAAACUCUCACGACACUGUGUAACCUCCUCACCUUCAACCCCGGGGUGGGCCUUGCCUGGGUAGAAGAAUUCUCAUCAGACCUUCUGCAGAAGAUCCCGACGUUUCUGGAGGGCUCGGAUAGACAAUAUGAGGCGGCUUUGGCCCGGGCCAAGUUUAUGUGUGCUUUGACUGAAGUGGUGUACCGAAGCGGAAGAAUCGAGGUGGAGACUUAUAACAGAGAGAUUGUGCGUGCUUUUGGAUCAGAGCUGGACAUCUCGGCUGAUCCCGACGGGUUGUGCAGUAAGGCUGAUGCUCUUACAUCAUUCAACACAGCACUCACGGAUCUGCCGCCUUCCCACGACCCCGAAGCCUUCGCGAAAUCGCUAGCUUUGAGAUGGCAAGCGUUAUCAUUCGCUUUGGACUCGCUGACUCAGGCUUCAAAACUUCCCGACGCAGACAACUUGCCUAAAAUCCAUUUGGCAAGGGGAGACGCAGAGAUGAAUAGGUGGAGACUGGGACUUGCGCCAUGGGAAUACGCCUUGGCGCAACAGAACGGCGCAACGCUCCUUCGCAAUGCCCAGACGUAUUAUCGGGGAGCUGCAGCUCUAGCAAGGAGAGACGGAGCUAUGGAGGAAACACGAGACGGGACAUGCAAAGAAGCGGUCGCAGCCGCUCUGGCUGGCCAGGGAGAUAAACUGGGCCAACUCAAAGCUACGUCGCCUAAAGAGCUGAUGGCUGUUGCUCAGGACAUUGUGGACGAUGGCUUGCUGGCUCCCGUGGAUAUGGAAGCACUGUUGUCAUAG